UGUUAUGUGUUUUUGUUGACAUGACACGAGUAGUUUUUUUUUUUUUUUCCAUUCUCUGCUUUUUGUUCAAACUCCAAAGGUUCUUUCUUUCAUCUUCCUUCCUUUCUCUUCCAUUUCUAUAUAUAUUUAGCAACUCUUCUCUCUCUCCCCUCUCUCUCGCUCUGUUCUAUCUAGGACAAGGACCGAGCCUCCUCAGGAACCACGAAAACACAGGUACAUGCGUGUUUGUCACACCAAAAACCACCUGCAAUAUUGAUCUUGCCUUUUGAAUUUUCCAUGCAUUUACUCGCUCUUGUUUCCGUUACAAGCAAUAUGCGUUGGAGGGUUAUACUUUUUCAUUUGCCUCUUUCAUUCUGCGCAUUCUUUUGCCAUUAAUGAGAAUAAUACCGGCAGUUCCAUCAUUAAUGAGAAGAAUAUCAUUGUUCUAUGUUUUAGAACCAGCAGGUUGGUGCCCAUUAUUGUUCGGGUGGAAAAGUUUGAAAGUUUAAAAGGAAAAAAAAAUUAAAAGUGGAAUCUACCUGCCCAGAGGAAUCAGUUGAUGUUUUGAUCGUUAAAUCAUAUAAAAAAAACUUUUUUUUGUGAGAAAGAGAAAGAAGGAUCCCUGGAAUAAACUUGGUGAUAAUGUCCAUCUGGGGCAUUCUCAUUGGAAUCAAAAUGUGGUAGAAUCAUCAAAUUCAGUGCAAUGAUCCAAAAGGGUGGUGGUAGAGAAAUGGUGUGGAGGCUGUAAUUUGAUUAUUGAAGUGAAAAUUGAGAGCAUGAUGAUGAGCUAGGUGCUUAUCAAAAUAUGGACUCAAAAGAAGAGGCCGAACAUCAUGAGGAUAGGCCAACAUCGCCAAUGCGGGUCCUGCAGCAGUUAUCUGAAGGGGCAUUCAGAGUUGCUGGGGAAGCAUUUCACAAUAUGUAUUCUGGUGGUGGGUCAAGUAUGCCACAAAUGGGGCCUGGUGCACAUAGACGAUGUCAAAGUGAACUUGUUACUAGAGAAGGAGUUCAGCGUAAUAAUAGCUUUCAGAAAUUAAGAUCUCAUGUGCACAAGGCUUGGCGGUGGGGUGGCAGAUUCCGCGAAGAAGUUUCACCGGCGAGUUUCAACCCUGAGGUCAUGGCCAACCAGAAACGGCAGUGGUAUCGGCUUCAUCCUAAAAAUCUGGAUUGUGUAAAUUAUAAGGAGCCAGAAUCGCUCUUUGAACAUUUUGUGAUUGUGGGGCUGCAUCCAGAUGCUAAUUUGGAAGCCGUGGAGCAUGCAUUUGCAAGAAGGAAAAAGUGGGAAAAGGAAAAACCUGCAUCUCUAGAUUACAAAAUGUUACAGCAACAAAGGCCACCGGAACCAACUUUGGAACCUCAGUUACUGUUCAAAUAUCCUCCUGCAAAGAAGCUAACAAUGAGUAAGAAGGAUUUAGCUCCCUUUUGCUUUCCUGAAGGUGUUAAGGCAUGGUUGUUGGAGAGGACUCCAUCUCUAAGCGAACUAAAUGAACUUGUCUAUGGACAGGAGCAUUUAGGAAAAGAUGAUCUUUCAUUUGUCUUUACAAUCAAGGCAGCAGACAAUGCAACACUUUAUGGAGUUUGCUUACAUGUGCCUGAAAUUGUUCAGAGGCCCCCUGGUAUCUUAGGCAUAUCAUCUCCUUUUUCUCAUCCCUCUGGGGCAUGCAGCCGCUUUCUGGUUUCUGCACCUCGCUGUUACUGUCUUCUAACUAAAGUUCCUUUCUUUGAGUUACACUUUGAGAUGUUAAACAGUCUCAUUGCACAAGAGCGCCUGAAUCGGAUAACUCAGUUUAUAAAUGAGGUGACUCUCACUGGCAGCACUCCAUCAACACCCAAAUUAGAUGAUCAAAUGAGUUCAAAUGCUAACUCCCCGGAUAGGGAGUCAUUCAGUGACUGGAUGGAUUGUGCAAUACCCCUUGAUGCUGCAGCUGUUAUUACUGCUGCUGCUGCGGGGAUUAUAUCUGAUGAUGAAAUCAUACAGUUGUCCCCUAAAAGAUGGGAUUCUCGCUGUCAAUCUCCUGUAAGUGUGACCGCCAGUGAUGCUUCAGAUCAUUGGCAGGUCAGGGAUAUAGAUAAGGAUGGCAGGAAGAAUCUACAAGAUCAUGAUAAUUGUACUUUUGGGGCACCAGAAACUCUUGGUUCUAUAGAAAGAAUGCAUGGAAAUUACAAAAAUGACCAAGUUUCUCCGAAAGUUGGAACACCUUUUUCUGCUCAGAAUCGUGUCUUGGAGCGUCUUGGAAGUUCCGAAUCACUUUUCAGUCCAGUUAGAAGCAUGGCAUCAGAAGAUGAGGACGAUUUUUUCUCAAACAAUGAAAGAGAUUACGGGGACGAAUUGUUAAUAGAAUGGGCCAUGGAAAAUAAGAAUGAUUUGCUACAGAUAGUGUGUAGAUAUCAUGCUGAACCUAUUCCACCUCGAGGAAGUGAAUUUGUCUUCCACCCUCUCGAACAUCUACAGGCUAUUCAGUACAUACGACAUUCAGUUGCUUCACUUGGCUUCGGGGAUGAUUGUUCAAAUUGUUCUGAACCAGCUCUGGACAAUGCAAAGCUGGCAGCUGCUGAGGAAGCCCUGUCAUUAUCAGUAUGGACAAUGGCAACUACUUGUCGAGUUCUGUCCCUUGAUAGUGUGAUGGCAUUAAUUACAGGAGUGUUGUUGGAAAAACAGGUGGUAAUAAUGUGUCCAAAUCUGGGUGUUCUAUCUGCCACAGUGCUUUCUCUGAUUCCCAUGAUUCGUCCAUUUCAGUGGCAGAGUUUAUUGCUCCCGGUUUUACCUGGGAAAAUGAUUGAUUUUCUUGAUGCCCCAGUUCCAUAUAUUGUUGGCAUACAACAUAAACCUGAUGACUUGAAUAUGAAAACUAAGAAUCUUGUUCUUGUUAAUAUGCCAAAGGAUCAGGUUACAAUGUGUCACUUACCAAGACUUCCACGACAUAGAGAGCUUCUCUCUCAGUUGACUCCAAUUCAUGCUAGACUUUCAAAUGAAAGAUCAAUUGCUAGAAAGCAUCCUGUACAUAGGUGCAACGAAGUCCAGGCUGAAGCUUCAACUCAGUUUUUGAAUAUAAUGUGGCACUAUUUGGAGUCACUUUGUUCAGAUCUGAAAUCUCACACGAUCACUAGUGUACAAUCAAAUAACGACAGGGUUUCUUUACUUCUUAAAGAUAGCUUCAUUGAUUCAUUUCCUGCAAGGGACCAGCCAUUCAUUAAGCUAUUUGUAGAUACACAGCUCUUCACUGUUUUAUCAGACUCUCGUUUGUCAAGCUUUGAGAGUGGUGAGUCAUAGUCCCAUCAUGUCACAUUAUUUUAGACCAAAUGGUGCAAUUCAUCUGUUAUACAUGUUUGAUGGCACUGAGGAAGAUAUAGUUGUUGAUUUCAUUGGGGAAGACCUCCAGUCCAGAUGAAACUUUGCUAAUCCAAAGAAUCCAAGGUUUGGAAUGACAUAGUAAGUAGAAAUGUGGGUUAAAAUUUUUUGUAUAAUGUUGAUAGUAAUAGACUGCAAAUGCCAUGUACUAAGUCACUGUGCUAACCCAGAGGAAGGAAUCACUGUCCCUAUUUUUUUAUUGAGGGAUAUGUUAUUGGGUUUAGCUGCACGUUUUGUAAUUGAGUAAUGUGAGUACACACAGACUAUUUGCCCUGUCCCUGUAGCACAAGUAGUUAAGGAUAAAUGAACAUUGCAAUUAUUGAUAUAUGAUUAAUAGUGUCACGAGUUUAUAAAAAUAUUUAAUUGUGAUUAAU